CGGGCCCCCGUGUGCUACCUGUGCCUGGAGGACGGCAGGCACAGCCAGCACGAGGUGAAGCCGCUGGCCGCCGUGUGGAAACAGCACAAGGCACAACUAUCUCAGGCCUUGAAUGGAGUUUCAGAUAAGGCCAAAGAAGCGAAGGAGUUUCUGGUGCAGCUCAACGACAUCCGGCAGCAGAUCCAGAAAGCCAAGCUGCUCACCAAGGUGACCAAAGAGAGGCAGCACAAGCUGAAGAUGGUUUGGGACCAGAUCAACCACUGCACGCUGAAGCUGCGCCAGUCCACGGGGCUGAUGGAGUACUGCCUGGAGGCAAUCGAGGAAAAUGAUCCCUCGGGGUUCCUGCAGAUCUCGGACGCUCUGAUCAAGCGUGUCCAGGUGUCUCAGGAGCAGUGGGUCAAAGGUGCCCUGGAGCCGAAGGUGUCUGCGGAGUUUGACCUGACCUUGGACAGCGAACCACUGCUGCAAGCCAUCCACCAGCUGGACUUCAUCCAGAUGAAAUGUAGGGUGCCACCCGUGCCCCUGCUGCAGCUGGAGAAGUGCUGCACCCACAACAACAGUGUCACGCUGGCCUGGAGGAUGCCACCCUUCACCCACAGCCCCGUGGACGGCUACAUCCUAGAGCUGGAUGACGGGGACGGGGGGCAGUUCCGGGAGGUGUAUGUCGGGAAGGAGACCCUGUGCACCAUCGACGGCCUCCACUUCAACAGCACCUACAACGCCAGGGUCAAGGCUUUCAACUCCUCCGGCGUCGGGCCUUACAGUAAGACCGUCGUCCUGCAGACGUCCGACGUGGCCUGGUUCACAUUUGACCCCAACUCUGGGCACCGGGACAUUGUCUUGUCCAACGACAACCAGACAGCCACCUGCAGCAGCUAUGACGACCGGGUGGUGCUGGGCACGGCCGCCUUCUCCAAGGGCGUGCACUACUGGGAGCUGCACGUGGACCGCUACGACAACCACCCCGACCCCGCCUUCGGGGUGGCCAGGGCCAGCGUGGUCAAGGACAUGAUGCUGGGCAAAGACGACAAGGCCUGGGCCAUGUACGUGGACAACAACCGCAGCUGGUUCAUGCACUGCAACUCCCACACCAACAGGACAGAGGGUGGCGUGUGCAAGGGGGCCACGGUGGGCGUGCUGCUGGAUCUGAACAAGCACACCCUCACCUUCUUCAUCAAUGGGCAGCAGCAGGGCCCCACGGCCUUCAGCCAUGUGGACGGGGUCUUCAUGCCGGCCCUCAGCCUCAACCGCAAUGUGCAGGUCACCCUGCACACAGGAUUGGAAGUGCCAACAAGCCUGGGGCGGCCAAAGCUGCCAGGUAACUAGCACGUGGCUGCGUCCCCACCAUGGGCCUGCGACCUGCCACC